AUGGACGUUGGAGACGGGCGCCAGCGCGGCGGCGCGGACGCGGAGGAGGAGGAGGUGGCGUGGAAGGCGCCGGCAGCGAUGGUGCUGGUGCAGUUAUUCAACACGGGGAUGGUGCUGCUGUCCAAGGUGGCCAUCGGCGGCGGCAUGUUCGUCCUCGCGCUCCUCGCCUACCGCAGCCUCUUCGGCGCCGCCAUCAUCCUCCCCCUCGCGCUCCUCCGUGAGAGGGGGAAGUGGAAAGAGAUGGACUGGCACGCUGCUGGAUGGAUCUUCCUUAAUGCAUUCAUCGGAUAUGCUGUACCAAUGAGCCUAUACUACUAUGGCCUGCAAGACACAACUGCAUCCUACGCCAUCAUAUUCCUGAACAUAAUUCCUCUGACAACCUUCAUCCUCUCCUUCGUUCUCAGAAUGGAGGCACUGCACAUCAGAAGCAUGGUAGGAUGGCUUAAGAUCACGGGAGUUUUGCUCUCUGUCGGGGGCACAAUGAUCAUCAGCCUAUACAAGGGAGAGGUUUUACAUCUCUGGAACCCUAUCCUUCACCAUCACAAUGAAGAGCAUGUGGAUGUCGCAAGUCAUCAGCUGCGUGGAACGAUCCUGUUGUCCAAGGUUCUCAAGGUGUAUCCAUACAAAUACUGGUCAUCCAUGGCGACGUGCUUGGUUGGAGGGUUUCAGACUGCAUUUGCAGGAGUUAUAGUGAGGAGGGACAAGGACGCCUGGAAGAUAGGAUGGGACAUAAACCUUCUGACCAUUGUGUACUCGGGGGCACUUGCAACUGCUGGAAAAUAUAGCUUGAACUCGUGGGCUGUGGCUAAGAAAGGCCCGUCAUAUCCUCCCAUGUUCAGCCCAUUAUCUGUAGUCUUUACUGUUGUGCUGGGCUCCAUUUUCAUAGGUGACGACAUCACUGUGGGAAGCCUCAUUGGGACAACUCUGGUGAUUGUUGGGACCUACGUCUUCCUCUGGGCCAAAGCAAACGAGCUACCUGAAAAUUCGACGGCGUCGCGGGCAGCGACGUCCCUCCGGCGAUCUCUGACAUCGUCCGGGUCCGGCGCGAUCAAGCCGUGGGCUGCUCGAACGCGGCCGGAGAUCGUCGGAGAGCAUCUAACAGAAGAUCUCGAUCGACACCAGCCGUCUCCUGACAGACCGAUCGCGAUGGACGUUGGAGACGGGCGCCAGCACGGCGGCGCGGACGCGGAGGAGGAGGAGGUGGCGUGGAAGGCGCCGGCAGCGAUGGUGCUGGUGCAGUUAUUCCACACGGGGAUGGUGCUGCUGUCCAAGGUGGCCAUCGGCGGCGGCAUGUUCGUCCUCGCGCUCCUCGCCUACCGCAGCCUCUUCGGCGCCGCCAUCAUCCUCCCCCUCGCGCUCCUCCGUGAGAGGGGGAAGUGGAAAGAGAUGGACUGGCACGCUGCUGGAUGGAUCUUCCUCAAUGCAUUCAUCGGAUAUGCUGUACCAAUGAGCCUAUACUACUAUGGCCUGCAAGACACAACUGCAUCCUACGCCAUCAUAUUCCUGAACAUAAUUCCUCUGACAACCUUCAUCCUCUCCUUCGUUCUCAGAUUGGAGGCACUGCACAUCAGAAGCAUGGUAGGAUGGCUUAAGAUCACGGGAGUUUUGCUCUCUGUCGGGGGCACAAUGAUCAUCAGCCUAUACAAGGGAGAGGUUUUACAUCUCUGGAACCCUAUCCUUCACCAUCACAAUGAAGAGCAUGUGGAUGUCGCAAGUCAUCAGCUGCGUGGAAAGAUCCUGUUGUCCAAGGUUCUCAAGGUGUAUCCAUACAAAUACUGGUCAUCCAUGGCGACGUGCUUGGUUGGAGGGUUUCAGACUGCAUUUGCAGGAGUUAUAGUGAGGAGGGACAAGGACGCCUGGAAGAUAGGAUGGGACAUAAACCUUCUGACCAUUGUGUACUCGGGGGCACUUGCAACUGCUGGAAAAUAUAGCUUGAACUCGUGGGCUGUGGCUAAGAAAGGCCCGUCAUAUCCUCCCAUGUUCAGCCCAUUAUCUGUAGUCUUUACUGUUGUGCUGGGCUCCAUUUUCAUAGGUGACGACAUCACUGUGGGAAGCCUCAUUGGGACAACUCUGGUGAUUGUUGGGACCUACGUCUUCCUCUGGGCCAAAGCAAACGAGCUACCUGAAAAGUAAAGUUGUGACGGUACAAAGUUAUGGAAAACCACAGAACAGAUACUGCUUGUUUCAAUACAAUGGCGGAUCCAGCAACUUCGACAUUGAAGAAGCUAAUGGAGUCAUCAGCGUCCGGAGAGCCUGGCUCACCAGGCCCGCCCCUGCUGGUUUGUAUUAUGCACGUUGUGUCCGUGAGAUUAAUAGUUUGUUGAUUAUCUUCUCGCUUGGUUGGCAUAUGCCGAUUGGUUGGUGCUGAUGUUGUAUAAUUUCUGGUUAAUGGGUGACAUGUAUUAGCGGUGUAGGUCCACUCCUACCA